GCUUGAUCCGAUCAUCAUUCUAGACCGGAAUCAAAAUCAACAUCAAGAUCCUUCUCGCCUCCUAGGUACUCGGAUGCUUACAUCAGGUUUGAGAAAUUAUUGAUUUUUCGUCGUCCAACAUGGAUAAAUAAUGUCAGAAGAUGGCGAGUAGUCCCAGCUCCGCGCCUCGCUCGCCAACAAGGGCGCGCCUAACUCUGCCAUGGGUGCCUCCUGAGGCUGUCGAAACCACGAAAGGGAGCUCGGCUUUAUCACUCCUCCAGAGUAACAGUUAUGGUGAGUGAGAUGCCUAAUAAUUCACAAUCUUCAACUUCAUCAUCAUCAGACCCUGCUGUUUAUGUACUAAAACAGAGCACCCACGGUAGUCUAUAUUGAUUUUUCGGUAUCCACCGGACCCUCGUCUAAUCUAGUCGUUCGUUUCAGUGGUUCUGUGCAUGGUAUGUGCAGACUUACGAUAACGCAGAGGGGCAGAAGUUUAUAGCCCAACAAUGCAACGCAGGGUCGGCUGCAUCAGGUGGGUCUGGUGGGCGCUAUCGAGUCGGAGGUACCAGAUGGAAAUCCCGAUAUGAAAAUGACCAAGCUUCCACUUCCGAUACGGAACGUGCGACCAAUAGACCACCUAUCCUCGAGCAGCGAAGCGUCAGUCGCGAUGAGGAGGUGGCCGCGGGUGCGACACUGGAUAGUGUUCGCUUUGUCAGCGUAUUACGGGCAGUUGCGCCAGCGGGAACGACGAUAACGGAGAGCGAGUUUCUGCAGUUGUAUGUACGGCCUCUGGAUCAUUUGCUUAUGGUUACAGGAAUGUCUUAGCCUUAUCGACCUUGAUGAACAGUGAAGAGUCAUUCUUUUUAUGUAUCUGCUUCUAUUGGCUUAGUUUACUACUGUGGUUUUAUUACAAUCAAUAUAUGACUCAGGGCCGGACGGCCGCCCCCUCCCCCCCUCUGUGGUCUGGUCUGUGGUGGCGCGCGCGCGCGCUUUUCCGCGCGGAUUUUUCGCGGAUUCUAGUGGGGGAAGGCGUCAAAACUUGGCAGGGGCCUCCCCUUGGGCCUCUCAGCGUGUUCCUGAGGGGCCUCCUGGCCUCUGCUGACCCUCGCAGGCGGGAGGCCUCCGGGGUAAAAGGCCGCCGGUCGGAGGCGGCCACGGUCGCAAGAGCAAGCAAGCCGAUGACCCAGGGCCCGGAGGGUGGGGGGGGCCGUCGCCCCGCGCCCUGGCGCAUAUAUAUACUCAAUGUUGAAGCUUCUUUUCCUAAUGUAUGCAUUGUUCGGUGGAGACCUGCACGGACUGUUUGACUCAGUAAAGUUUCUUGCUGCUGUUAUCGAUGGAACAGAACCAACGCUGCGUCUGUAUCUCGCGCAUAACGCGGCCGACCUAUUCCGGCGACUCUCCAAGAAAAGAGCAGAGGUACAACUACUCAAACUUAACUGUUGUUUGUUUCUUUCCCACAGUCUGGUGUCGAGAUACAAUCCGAGAGGCGUUGAGUACUUAUAUAUAUAAAUAUUUAUAAAAAUGUUGUUCUUACCCUUACGUCACGUAUCCAAACUGGAUGGAGAUGUUCUUAUGGACUUUGAUGUCAUCGGCCUCAUCCUCAUCCUCAAAGGUAGUCGAAGCACGGACCGGACGAUGUGUUCCAUCAGUCAACUGGGGGGAUUUCAUCACGGUGCUCGAAGCACUUGUCGGCGCAGAUGGAAGCGUCAUCAACCGACUCAGGCACAAGAUCGCGACCGGUGGGUCUUCAACUUUAUGUUUAUACCAUUUGAUCUCCACGCCACACCUUUGCUUACUUAGCAGGUUGCUCAUCGUCAUACGGUGCAGUUUCUAGGACAUCUUUCCAUUCCCCGCCAAAUGAGGAGAACUAGAUUCAUGUAUUUUCUCUUUCAUAGCGAGCAAGCGGCACAGCGAAAACUUCGUCCUCUGCGACAGCGAAUCAGCUGAGUGGCGGGCUAUCGCUCGUGCACGUUCUCAGCCGGCGGAGCGUUUAUCUAACGGAAGCCGAGUUCGUGCGCGGACUAGAUCUUGGAGUAGACCUGUUCAUGCAAGAAGCCCAGGACUCUUGCUCCCUUGACAUGGAUCUACGUGGAGAUCGCGGCGGGCCUCGCACUACUUAUCAUGGUGAACCGCGUGGCCGUCCAGAGCGUGGCCGCGGACCAAAGUCAGUGGCGUGUAGCAUAUUGUAAUGGAAACGAGAAACGAUCUGCUACGUCUUUUACAUAUUUUGAUGGAAGACAAGAACAAGUUGUAGUAGGUUUUGAUGAUUCAUCAUUAGAAUUUUUCUCAUAGAAUCAUAAUCAUUCGACGAAGCAGAAAAAUUGUAUCUGUAACAUACGAGAUCGAGAUCCUUUCCUCUUACAAGCGCGUCUUACUGGAAGGCAUCAACUCCAGAUUCGAUGAAAAAAUGUUGAUCCUAGUACUGCUAAGACAAAAGCUCAUUUUCAGAAAAAGCUCUACAAGAUUUUUCCCGGUCGACCACAAAAUAAGGGAAUGCGUGUGUUGAAGAUCUCCUAUUAUAGAAAUGAAGAUGUACUACAACAAGCACUGUUCUACAAGAAGCUCAAGAGAAAGAAAACCGAGGACUCACAUCAAGGACCAAGUAGAUAAAAGUGGGCGCCAUGAG